GCACCAACACAAAAUUUAGAAUCCACGGAGCAGUCUGGUGGAGAAAGAUUGAUUCGACUGCCAAUUACUAGAAUAAAGCACAUAAUAAAGACUGAUCCCGAUGUUACAUUAGCCAGUUCAGAGGCAGUGGUUGCCCUGGCAAAAGCUGCUGAGUUAUUUAUUCAGAUGAUAGCUAAAGAUUCUGUUGGUAAAACUAUUACUAAUAAAAGAAAAACUUUAUUAAGAAAAGACCUGGAUAUCGUCUUAGAAACAAAAGAUAGAUACACAUUUUUAGAAGGU